AUGCCGCUCUUGAGGGAGCCCCAUCCCCCACCUCGGGCCCCACCUCCCUGGAUCCUCCCCAGCCUGUUUGCUGCCUUCAAUGUUGUGCUGCUGCUGGUUUUCAGCGCCCUCUUCUUUGCAUUCCCUUGCAGGUGGCUGGCCCAGAAUGGAGAGUGGGUCUUUCCUAUUGUCACGGGUCCCUUCUUUGUCUUCGCCUUCUUCAGUCUUGUUUCACUCAACUUCUCAGACCCUGGCAUCUUGCAUCAAGGCUCCAACGAACAGGGUCCCAUGACGGUACACGUGGUAUGGGUGAACCACAGGGCCUUCCGCCUGCAGUGGUGCCAGAAGUGCUGUUUCCACCGCCCACCCCGGACCUACCACUGCCCCUUGUGCAACAUCUGUGUGGAGGAUUUUGACCAUCACUGCAAGUGGGUCAAUAACUGCAUCGGUCACCGCAACUUCCGCUUGUUUAUGCUGCUCGUCCUGUCCCUAUGCCUCCACUUGGGCGCCAUGCUGGUCACCUGCCUGAUCUUCUUGCUGCGCACGACUCAACAGCACCUUUACAUAGACAAGGUCGUCGCCAUCGUGGUCGCUGUAGUCGCGGCGGGCUUCCUGGUGCCGCUCUCCCUGCUGCUGCUGAUCCAGGCCUUGUCAGUGAGCGCGGCCGAGCGCUCCUACGAGGGCAAGUGCCAAUACCUGCAGGAAUACAACCCCUUUGACCAUGGCUGUGUCAGCAACUGGUAUUUAACAAUUUGUGCACCACUGGGACCCAAGUACAUGGCCAAUGCCAUCUGGCUGCAGAGAGUGGUGGAGCCGGACUGGGUGCCCGUGCAGAACCUACAUUUCCCAACGUGCCCCUCUGCGCUCAGUCACCCAGUUUUCCCUGGGCCUGGGUCUGGUCGCCAGCCCCAACCUCUGGCUCUCCGCAAAUCAGUAAAGGCUCCCCCAGGGAGUGGUGAGGCUGAAGCUGUCCUGGAGCUCCACACAGGCCUAGUGCUGCCUCUGCCUCGGGAGGCCCCCAGAUGA